UGCCCCUGGUAGGUUACCAAUGAGAAGAACUGACAAACAUAAACAAUGACCUUUCCCGUGACGACACAGGGAAGUAGCUUCGAGUAAGAGUCGUUUCCUCGGCACCUGAAGAGCGACAGGGACGGUUACCGCUCGUAUUCACUCAAAUGUACUAUUUCGCGACAUAUCUGCACGUAAAGACGUGAAUUGGGGACCAAAAGUAGCAUGAAGACCGCCCGGGAAGUCCCGGUGGGCUACGAGCGCCACGGGCUGACGGUUGUCUUCCUUCUGGUCUGCCUUACACCAACUAUAACAGGUGUAGUAGACGUCACCAUCGUCAGUAAGUACCAGUUCUUUGAUGAGUCCGAUGACACCUGGCUGUACUGUUACUACACGGGUAGUCUCAUCAACCAGAAUGGGUACCAGUUCGGUGUAGAGGUUGAUACUGGCUCAGGAACGGGAUUUGCAGGAUGGAGAAGCACUUUAAAAUUAACAGGACGUUAUAGUGUUAGGAUAUGGGCUGAAGGUGGUAACACCCGGGUCGGGGCAUUCUCCUGUCACGUAAACACCCCAGACAGCAGUCAAACAGAAAAGUCUGUCACCUUUAAAAUGAAAUCACAGGCCGAUGUCUGGCCUGUGGCCUUCACAGUAACCGCCAGCCUAGGAGACCCCGUGAUGCUACAGAUGGUGCAGAGGUCCAAUAGGACCGGUAUCAUUGUGUGGAGGAAGGGCGGAGUCGGGGGGACUGUCCUAACCGGACAGAACGGACUCAGCCUGACCAUAGCCAGUGUCCAGUCUUCAGAUGAGGGGAUCUAUGAGUGCUACUAUCAGGGGGACACUGAUAGAAAACAGGGCAUCAUGAGGCUCAUUGUCAGAGGUUGUGCUAAGAACAAGUGGGGCCCUCCCUCCUGUACCGCUGACUGUCCAGUGUGCUACAACGGCGGUGUGUGUGACGACAACACGGGGGAAUGUGUCUGUCCUCCGGGGUUCCAUGGACACAACUGUGAAAGCGCAUGUGUGAAUGGCAAGAUCGGUACAAGCUGCACGAGAGAGUGUGACGGUGGAGACUGUACCGGUCAGCUGCUGUGUGUGAUGGACCCGUACGGCUGUUCCUGCGCUCCUGGACUCAUGGGCAUAGAGUGUGAUACUGAGUGUCCAGACGGCUUGUACGGAGCUGGCUGCACCCAAACCUGUCACUGUGCAGCCGGGCCAACAGCCUGUAACAAGACGACUGGAUUCUGUACCGGGGGGUGUCUGGCAUUAUGGACUGGCGACUCCUGUCAGAUCCUUAGAGCCUGCCCCUCUGGUGAGUUUGGACCCGACUGUACCGGUACCUGUCACUGUGCGGGCGGAGAUUCCGUGUGUGACAUCCGGACUGGUGUCUGCUCUAGUGGAGGGUGUGAGGCCGGGUGGAAGGGAAGCAAUUGUCAAACAGUGUGCUUACCUGGAGAGUUUGGGCCCGACUGUACCGGCACCUGUCGCUGUGCGGGCGGAGAUUCCGUGUGUGACAUCCAGACUGGAGUCUGCUCUAGUGGAGGGUGUGAGGCCGGGUGGAAUGGGAGCAACUGUCAGACAGCAUGCAUAGUCGGACGGUUUGGACCAGGCUGUACCGGCACCUGUCGCUGUGCAAACGAACCUUUCAUGUGUGACAUCCGAACUGGAGUCUGCUCUAAUGGAGUGUGUGAGGCUGGAUGGAAGGGGAGCAACUGUCAGACAGCCUGCCCGCCCGGUGAGUUUGGACAAGGAUGUACCGGCACCUGUCGAUGUUCAAACGGACCUUCCGUGUGUGACAUCCAGACUGGUGUCUGCUCUAGUGGAGGAUGUGAGGCCGGGUGGAAGGGAAGCAACUGUCAGACAGAGUGUCCUGACGGCUUGUACGGAGCUGGCUGCACACAAACCUGCCAUUGUGCAGCCGGACCAGCGGCCUGUAAUAAGACGACUGGAUUCUGUACAGGGGGGUGUCUGGACUUCUGGACUGGAGACUCGUGUCAAACACAGUGUCCAGACGGCGUGUAUGGAGCUGACUGUACCCAAACCUGCCAUUGUGCAGCCGGACCGACAGCCUGUAACAAGACGAAUGGGUUCUGUACAGGGGGGUGUCUGAACUUCUGGACUGGAGACACGUGCCAAACACCCUGCCCCUCUGGUGAGUUUGGACCCGACUGUACCGGCACUUGUCACUGUGCCAGCGGAGAUUCCGUGUGUGACAUCCGGACUGGAGUCUGUUCUAGUGGAGGGUGUGAGGCUGGGUGGAAGGGUAGUAACUGUCAGACAGUCUGCUCGUCUGGAGAGUUUGGACAAGGAUGUACCGGCACCUGUCACUGUGCAAGCGGAGAUUCCGUGUGUGACAUCCGGACUGGAGUCUGCUCUAGUGGAGGAUGUGAGGCCGGAUGGAAGGGACGCGAUUGUCAGACAGGUGAUUCAUGUUAA